UGCUUUGUUAGCAAGAAUCCUCUACUCGACGCACAAAUAGCCACGCCAUGUGGUCACACGUUUUGCGGCGAAUGCGUUUACCGAUUCCAGCAAACAUCCCCUGCCAUUCAGUGUGCGAUGUGCCGCCAAGUGGUGAUCGCCUUUUGCAAAAAUAUUUUUGCAAGCAAUCUAAUCACUGCAAUUGAUGGUGAAUGCCUAGCCUGCAAGGGAAGGAUCAAACUGGACGCUGCCAAAGACCAUCUAGGGCGAUGUUAAGAAGUUGAAGUGGUGUGCCUUCUCUGAAGUGAAAAACUACGGAGAAAACACCAAGAUGGCUACGGUUGCCCCAUGCGGGAAAUAAUCUGCAACUGUAGCGAAAAGUUCAACAAAAAAGAUGAGGAACACCACCAGCGUCUUUGCAGUUUUAAACAGAUACAAUGCCCAUUCGAUUGCGGCGAAUUGAUAGAAAGGUACGUUAAAAAGUGUAUGUGACAGAAAUUUUUUUGUUUGCUCUAUAGAAUCUAUACAGUGUAUUGAUGAGAAAAGCAAAAAUAAUAUUUCGAUAGCGAUUCUUCUUCAUCGUGUUUUAACCUACCAAAAGAGUGAAAUUUCAAUUCCGGUGGGCUACAAAACCGCGCAGGUGAAAAUAGAAGACUAAGAUUGAUUGUUAUGUCAUUUCAGGACCUUCUGUACAGAUUCUAUCAAGCAAAUAAAAUAGUUUAUGUAAUAUAUACACCUCUGGGCUAGUAUGCCGUCAGUUUGUCGGCAUUGGAGUUUUGGCGAGAAAAGAUCGUUUCAACUUAAAAUUGAUGUAACUGGAAAAAAAGGGUCUUUUGAAAAUGUCGACGAUUGAUAGACGAAAUUGGAAUUACCAGAGGAGGGCUCUAACCUGGGACUAGGCUCUGCAGGUCUGCGGGGGAGGAGGAGGGAGUCAAGAAAGGAGUCAAACAGGAAAAAGAAUUUAGGCGAGCGAAUCGAGUUGAGCGGUGAAUUGGGGAAGAGGGAAGGGCGGCGGAGCCUCUGCCACCCUUUCCCAGGCCUGACCGCUGGAGACCCUCAUCUCUCGGCUUUCUUUGCGCUCCUAUUUUUUUCUUUUUUUUGGUUAACAAAGCGGACAUUUAAUUUUCCAUUUUUCCCCCAAUACAGAGCCUGAUCCCAGCCUAAGAGAGCUCAUAGAUUGAUCAUUAAAACGUUUUUAUAUAACAUCUGCUUUUUUUAAGAAGAGAAAGGAAAACAGGUUCACAGCUUCUUGGGGCGGCUAUAUAAAAUUAAUGACAAAAGAAGAGUUUGAGAAUACUUGUGUACUAGUGAGUAAUGGAGUAAUCCUCAUUAUUAAUUGAUCUCCCAAGGUUUCUUCUCCCAUCUCAUACACUACAAUGCCCCGCCAAAGUACAGAAAUGCACCGUCAAGGGAUGUGGAGAAACGGUCAGGAGAAAGGACAGGAAAAAGCACCAGGAUGAAAAUAUGUCCCGCCACUACAGCCUCCUUAAAGAGGAAAACGAACGCAUUCUUUGGAGUGCCAGCAAAAUGGUGAGU